AUGUGGAAGAACUUGAACAAAGUGGUUGGCCGGAAUCACGACACAGAAGGACGUAUAGAGCUCCAGGAUGAACAAGAGGAUCCAACACAAGGCAAAAGUGUCGCAAACAUUUUCAAUGAGUAUUUUUGCACGGUUGGACCCCAGCUAGCCUCAUCUAUUAGCAGCACUCGAGAUAUCAACAAAUUCGGUAGCUUAACUCCAUCAAGUAAUUCCGUAUUCCUGCGUCCAACUACGAGACAAGAAGUAAUAAUAUUGAUCAAAGAAUUGGACGCCAACAAAAGCUGUGGAGCCGAUGAAAUUCCAGCUUCAUUCGUAAAGCAGCAUCACAACAUUUUCUCGGAACUGUUGGAAAAUGUGUUCAACCACUCCAUCGAUACUGGACGCUUUCCGGACUUCCUGAAAAUUGCGAAAGUUAUACCUGUUCAUAAAGGUGGCGAUAAGACCCUUGCAAACAACUAUAGGCCAAUUUCCAUCCUAUCGUACAAAACUCCAGUUCUGUCAGGUAACGGACUGAUCAAACCGCACAUCAUCCGAUGCCCCCAGUGCCGUGCCACCGUCCAGGCCGUACCACCGUCCGUGGCAUCCUGA